CCGUGACGUGUUUUGUCCCUGCUACCUGGAGUGGAGUGGACCGCUUUGUUAGGAAGUUUACAGUGUGUACACAUUUGGCUGUUAACUUUUUCUGUAAAGGCAAACACGCGCACACUUAGGAGGUGGUAAAGACUCGGUGACCCGCAUGUAAACAAGGCUGGAGCAAAGUGGGGGCUGUUUUCGACGAGUUAGGUUGUUUGUGGUUAGCUAACGUCAUCCGCACGAGAGCUACACUUACGUUACAGGCGCAGCGUGUGCUUUUCUUGUAUUUUUUAGUUGUUUUUGCGACGAUGUGAUAAACACUGUCGGUGUCAUUGCAAGUCCAACCGCUGGAAUUUGUGUGUUAAAACGGUUCCUCGGAUAAAAUAACAGGCGUUGUUUGUUUGUUUCUCUUUCUGGCGACUUCGUGGGGUCGAAACUAAACACCACAUUGACUUCCAAAGCACUAUGCCCAUUAGGCGUUUUGGGGGUCACAGGUCUCUGGUCUCUCAAAACCCCAAACUGUCGUAUGGUUUCACCAAAAUGAAUGUUUCCAGAAGUGGCUACCGUGUUUUUUCCUCCAACUCCACCGCCGCUUGCACCGAGCUGGCAAAGAAGAUCACAGAGCGCCUGGGUGUUGAAUUGGGCAAGUCAGUGGUUUAUCAAGAGUCAAAUUCAGAAACCAGAGUUGAUGUGAAAGAGUCCGUUCGUGGACAAGACAUCUUUAUCAUUCAAACCAUUCCCAGAGAUGUGAACACAGCCAUCAUGGAGUUGCUGGUCAUGGCUUAUGCCCUGAAGACCUCCUGUGCCAAGAACAUCAUCGGAGUCAUUCCCUACUUUCCAUACAGCAAGCAGUGCAAGAUGAGGAAGAGAGGAUCCAUUGUCUGCAAGCUGCUCUCAUCCAUGUUGGCUAAAGCUGGACUAACUCACAUCAUCACCAUGGACCUCCACCAGAAGGAAAUCCAGGGCUUCUUCACUUUCCCCGUUGACAACCUAAGAGCCUCACCUUUCCUCAUCCAGUACAUCCAGGAGGAGAUUCCAGAUUACAGGAAUGCCAUAAUUGUUGCAAAAUCCCCUUCAGCUGCCAAGAGAGCUCAGUCCUACGCCGAGAGGCUGCGGCUUGGGCUUGCAGUAAUCCACGGGGAGGCCCACCAAUCAGAGUCGGACAUGGCUGAUGGUCGAAACUCUCCCCCUUUGUCUCGCACCACCACAGGACACACAGGGCUCGAGCUACCAUCAAGCCACAGACUUCAUGCUCCAUUCCCUGGGAUAGAGCUCCCAAUGAUGAUGGCGAAGGAGAAGCCGCCUAUCACUGUUGUUGGAGAUGUAGGAGGAAGGAUUGCCAUCAUUAUUGAUGACAUUAUAGAUGAUGUGGGGGACUUUGUUGCAGCAGCAGAAAUCCUGAAGGAGAGGGGUGCCUACAAGAUUUACAUCAUGGCUACACAUGGCCUGCUGUCUGCAGAGGCACCAAGGCUAAUCGAGGAGUCUGCAAUUGAUGAGGUGGUGGUGACCAACACUGUUCCUCAUGAGGUUCAGAAGCUGCAGUGUCCAAAAAUCAAAACCGUGGACGUCAGUAUGAUCCUCGCUGAAGCCAUCCGGCGCAUCCACAACGGAGAGUCCAUGGCCUAUCUCUUCCGCAACAUCGCUCUGGAUGACUGAGGCAACGCACUCACACAUUUACAUUCCUGCACACACACACACACACACACACACACACACACACACAGACAGACAGAGGGCCAAGAAUCCAGUCUCUAUUUUAAUCUAAUCUGCUUGUUUUGCUGGCAAAUCUCUUUGUUCCAUUUGCUCGAUGUUACACGAGAAACUAAAAUGAUGCUUUCUCUGAUGUUUCACAGUUUAACUGUAUACACAAUGAACUGUUACUUUAUGCUUCAAACAAUCUGCAAACAAAUGUAACAUUAUGUAUCAUGGCAAAUAAAACUAUUCUUGGAUGAGUAA